CGGAGGUGGGAAGUGGUGGUAGGGGCGGGAGAACAAUGCGAAAGGGAAAGAGAAAUUGGCUAAGGCGAAGCAAGCUAGUCGGGAAGUGAGCUGCCGUUAAUUAGGAAGCCGGGCUAGAGUGCGAGCGUAGAGGGGAAGAAGGGUGAAGACAAAUGAGUGCGGGAAUGUGAAUCGGCACCGGCGGGCGCUAGGACCGGGCGUCGGGAAGUUGCCGCUUUGGGGCUAUCGGGGCGCGCGCCCGCCUGGAGCUGACGCGGCCGUGGCGGCGGUCUCUGGCCCAGACGAAACGCUACAGGGAGAGGAGACUCCACUACUUUGGGCCUCGGCUUGCCCCUCCCUGCAUGCCUCCCUGCCUAGCUUCCCUCCUACUGCCCGAGGUCUGCGCUCUAGUCCAGAGGCGCCCAGUCUUUCGGAGGACGCAAGGGACCAUCCCCGCCCCUCUACGCACCCUUGGGCUCCCCUGUGUCGGGUGGUGGAGGCCCUGGGGGGCCCUGCCGCUGAUUGGCCGCUGCGAGCGCGGGGCGGGACGCGUGGGAGACUCACGACCUCCGCGGGCUUCCUAGUGUUCCCGCCAUGUCGUUCGUGGGGAGCGAGGGGCGCUCGGCUCUGACGCGCCGCCGCCUGGGCACCCCUCUCCAGCCCUCUCGGCCGGCGUUUUCUGCCUUCACUCAAGGGGACAGUUGGGGUGAGGGUGAAGUUGACGAGGAGGGAUGCGACCAAGUGGCCCGCGAUCUGCGGCUGGAGUUCUCGGUCGGGGCGUCGUCGGAGCCUAGAAAGGGUUCGCUUUUCCCGCCGGGCCGGGACCGCUCGCUGCUCCUGCCCGAGAAGCGCAAUGGCAUCUUCUCGGCGAAUGCGAGCGGCCGGGCCCAGUCUCGGCGAUGGCCCGUCCAGGUCCUCUCGAUUGCCUGUUCGCUGCUGUUCGCCGUCCUCCUCGCCUUUCUCCUGGCCGUCACCUACCUGGUCGUGAAAGAGUUACAUGCUGAGAAUUUAAAGAAUGAAGGUGAUACAGACACUGGGCUAUUAGGAUUCUGGACUCUACUUAUAAUAUCCAUAACUGCUGGAUUCUCCUGCUGCAGCUUUUCUUGGACAGUGACUUAUUUUGAUUCUUUUGAACCAGGAAUGUUUCCCCCUACUCCUCUUUCACCUGCCAGGUUCAAGAAACUGACCGGACAUUCUUUCCACAUGGGCUAUAGCAUGGCAAUUUUGAAUGGCAUCGUAGCUGCUCUUACUAUAGCAUGGUGCCUCAUGUAAACCCACACUGAAGCAAUAUUCUUAACAAAACUUAGUCAUAAUUGCUUUGUAAUAACGGGGAAGAGCAUCAUUACCUACUCAGAAGACCGAGAAACCUGCUGUUCAUUAUGUGGUUCAUAAAUGUGUCAUAUCACAUGGAGGACAUUAUUGUAGAAAUUGGGAAUACCUGAAUAUUAAGUUUCAAGAAAUUUCUUAAAAAGCAUAAUGUUUACUUAUCUUUUUACUUUUGUGUGUGUUGUCCUUACAAGUUGCAGGAGGUGCUUUAAUGGAAAUCAAGCUCAAAAACUUGAAUACAGGACAAUGAGUACCUUUCUGUGUAUAUAAUACAUUUUUGCUAAGAGAUACUGAUAUUACUGUUUAAUUGAAAUAGAUAUUUAUUCAUUACAUUAGGAAAGCAAAGCAAACGAUGCCUACUACUUUGACAUUUUAUAGAAGCUACUGUUAAAUCAUAAUAAUUUUCAAGAUUCACCGAGUCAGUAGAAGGUGCUUUUAUAUUUUUUAAUGGGGCAUAGUUCCUUGUUUUUUUACAUAUUUUCCUACUACAUAUUGAGUUUGUAUGUUUUAAAAAUUGUUACAUCCAGACAAAUGUGUAAAUGUUAUUUUUUAGCUGGUGCAAACCUAAUACCUAUCAUUUUUAAUAAGUAUUUUGUCUUUUAAAAAACAAAAAUACAUUGACCUGAGCUUAAAAUUAAAUAAACUUAUUUUUAACAAAAAAGGACUGGCAAAAGAUAAAUUGUUUAAGCCAUUAAAAUACUGAGAAAUUUGAA